AUGGCGUCGACCUCCGCGACGUCGGCGUCGCGCGCGGCCCUCCGUUCCUCCCCGUCGUCGCGUCGCCGCCGCGACGCCGCGCGCGUCGCCGCGCCGCCGCCGCGCGCCGCCGCGAAGGGCGGCGGUCUCGAGACGGGCGCGAGGGACGACGUCGUCUCCGUCUCCCUCGAGAGCGUCCUCAACUUCCGGGACCUCGCGUCCGCGGGCGGAUCGAUCGCGCCGGGACGCGUGUUCCGCACCGCGACGCCCGGGAACGCGAGCGAGGCGGACGCGGCGAUCGUGCUGAACGACCUCGGCGUGAAGCGGCUGUUGGACCUUCGAAGCGAGGACGAGUUCGAGGCGGACCCCGGGCCGCUGCAGUCGGCGUUCCCGGAGAUCAUAUCCUUCACGCGAAACGUCGACGGGGUCGACGACCCGCUGCUGCGCAAGUACGGCAAGGAGGCGUACGACGCGUACCUCAGGAGGCAAUCCGACGCCGCGUUCUUGGACGGGAUCGACGACGCGACGCGCGCGGGCGCGCUCGUGCGGUAUCACGCGCCGCUUCUGGAAUACGAGAGGUACUACCUCGCCAUCUACGACCGACUCACCGCUGUGGAGAAGGUGAAAGCCGCGGUGUUCACCGCGCAGGCGUUCUUGUACGACGACACGAACCAAAAGGAGCUGUUCGUGGGGAAGGUCAACGCGGGCGGGCUGCCGCUGUUGAACGAGGUCAUGGUCGACGGCAGCGGCCCGGAGAUUCGCGCGGCGCUGAAAGUGAUCGCGAAGUCGACGGCGGCGGCGCCGACGGCUUUUUAUUGCAAAGCCGGGAAGGACCGGACCGGGCUCGUCGCCGCGCUGACGCUGCACUGCGCGGGUCUGAGCGAGGACGAGAUCACGGAGGAUUAUCACAAGUCCGAGGGCACGGGGAAAGCCGCGCUGGGCGGGGGGCGGAUCGAGCGAGGGGUGAACAUCGAUUACUCGCGGUUUUACGGAUCCCCGAAAGCGGUGAUGGAAGGCGUCCUGGCGUACGUGAAGACGAAUCACGGCUCCGUGGACGGGUACCUGGACUCGAUCGGGUUCGACGCGAGCGAUAGAGAAGCGCUGAGAGAGGCGCUGUGCGACUAG